AUGCGGUCGAUGUUGGUAGAUUUUAUAACAGAAUUCAGAGAAUUGUUAGAGGAAGAAUUCCGAAAGACUAGAGAAUCAUUUAAGAAAGCUUUACAAGAAUCAAUAGAGAAGAGCUCACAAGAAUUCAGAAAAUCAUUAAAGGAAGAUUUACAAGAGAUCAAAACAUCGUACACGAAGAUGGAAAAUAAUCUGAAGAAGGAAAUGCAGGAGUUACCAGAACGACUGAAGAUGAACGUCGUUGAGAGAGAAAAUAAACUACAGACAAAUAUAGACCAGGUCCAGGGAGACGUGGAGAAGACGGAAGGAAAGUUAACAGAGAAGACAGAAGACGAUGUUGAAGAAACUAAAACCGAAUUGGGAGAGAAGAUCACCGAAAUGACGCAGAUGCAGAAACAAUGCAACGACGUGGUUGAGAAGAUAGAAGAUGACGUGGAAGAAAAUAGAACCGAAUUGGGAGGAAAGAUCACCGAAGUGACGCAGAUACAGAAACAAUGCAACGAUGUGGUUGAAGGGGUAGGAGAAAAGCAAAAACAAUUGGCAGUAAAUCUGAAAAAUGCUAUAGCCGUACAGCGAGAAGAAGACGACCAGUGGGGUGCAAUCGAAGGUGAGGACUUCACUUGUGGAAUCAAGAGGAAGAAAGGGACUACGGAUAAUGAUUUUAUAACAGAAUUCAGAGAAUUGUUAGAGGAAGAAUUCCGAAAGACUAGAGAAUCAUUUAAGAAAGCUUUACAAGAAUCAAUAGAGAAGAGCUCACAAGAAUUCAGAAAAUCAUUAAAGGAAGAUUUACAAGAGAUCAAAACAUCGUACACGAAGAUGGAAAAUAAUCUGAAGAAGGAAAUGCAGGAGUUACCAGAACGACUGAAGAUGAACGUCGUUGAGAGAGAAAAUAAACUACAGACAAAUAUAGACCAGGUCCAGGGAGACGUGGAGAAGAUGGAAGUAAAGUUAACAGAGAAGACAGAAGACGAUGUUGAAGAAACUAAAACCGAAUUGGGAGAGAAGAUCACCGAAAUGACGCAGAUGCAGAAACAAUGCAACGACGUGGUUGAGAAGAUAGAAGAUGACGUGGAAGAAAAUAGAACCGAAUUGGGAGGAAAGAUCACCGAAGUGAUGCAGAUACAGAAACAAUGCAACGAUGUGGUUGAAGGGGUAGGAGAAAAGCAAAAACAAUUGGCAGUAAAUCUGAAAAAUGCUAUAGCCGUACAGCGAGAAGAAGACGUCCAGUGGGGUGCAAUCGAAGGUGAGGACUUCACUUGUGGAAUCAAGAGGAAGAAAGGGACUACGGAUAAUGAAAUUGUUGUGGAGGCAGCCCACUACCGGAGUCCAGGAUUAUUUUGA